UCUGAACUUACUCAAUUACGUGAAUUCAUUGCUGAAGUUCAUCGAUAUAACGAUGAAAUCAAAUCAAAAAUACCGGAACCUUUAUAUUGUCGAUCAGAACUAAUAGAUUCAACCUUCUCAAAUCAAUUCUACGUAUACGAUGCUAUUGAUUCCACAUCACAGCUCGAUAAAAGAUAUAUGUUAUCUUUGUUGACUGUGCGAGAAGAUGGGACAAAAUUCACAAUCAACAUAUCUGUUGAUUCG